CACAACUACAUUUAGAGAAACCGGUUAGUCUAGGAUAUACUUGGGUUCAGCAGUAAAUUGUGCAACACGAUUUUGUUAUUUCUAUUUUGCUGAAUGAAGUUGGGAGUUUGUGCGUCAAGAUACAGGCAUACUUAACUGAUCACUUUGAUGGACAUGCUUCAAUCACAUCUAAAUGAGUAGAUCUAAUUUGCUUGUUACUUUGAGAAUGGCUACCAGUAUUGACGAUUUGAAGUCUGUAUAUUUCUGGAGAGCGGUAGUAGCUGAAUUAAUUGGAACUUUGCUGCUUGUGUUCGUAGGCUGCGGCUCGUGUCUCUCGUGGGAUGAGGAGAAGACGAACUAUAACCCAAUCGUCCAGAUAGCAUUCUGUUUUGGUCUAAGUGUUGGAACCAUUGUAUGGGGAAUUGCACAUGUUAGUGGUGGUCACAUUAACCCAGCUGUAACCAGUGCAUUUUUUAUAACUAGACGAAUAAGCUUCGCAAAAGCGAUUUUUUACAUUGCGGCUCAGUGUAUCGGAGCAAUUCUUGGAGCACUCAUUUUAAAAGGUGUGACACCUUACCAGCGCUGGGGUGCGCUUGGAACUACUGGGUUAAAUAAGGAAAUGGAGGCUGGACGAGCGUUUGGCGUAGAAUUCAUGAUUACGUUUGUACUCGUGUUCACAGUGUUUGCAGCAUGUGAUGGAAAGAGAACCGACUUGAAAGGGUCUGGACCAUUGUCUAUUGGACUCUCCGUCACCAUGUGUCAUUUGUUUGCUAUACCAUUGACUGGUUCGAGUAUGAACUCAGCGAGAAGUUUUGGACCAGCUGUUGCCAUGAACAACUGGGAAAAUCACUGGGUGUACUGGAUUGGACCUAUUUUAGGAGGUGUUGUUGCUGGUUUAUUGUACGAGUACAUAUUUGCUGCAAACGCUUCUAUGAAUAAAAUAAUGGAAUUCCUUUUGUCCAGUAGAUAUGACACAGAAGAUUUCCCAGCACAAGAACAAAAACUAAAAAUUCUGGUAGAUUCUGAUGAUGAUAAUAUAUUCAAUAAAACAGAUGAGAACGUGCAAAUGAUCGUGCACGAAAAACACCUGGAAUCGUCUUAGUAGCUACUACUUUUACCUUAACAUGAAUAAAUGGGUCAUCUAGAAUAAUUUACACUUUAGUUGCAGAAAAAAAGAAACAUGUUCAAGUAUGCUAGGAUAUUUCAUAUAUCACAAGUAGUAGCUUUUAAUUUUGAAUGAUGAUGGAAGAAUUUGUACGUGUAGCAAAUGUAUGCCAGAGUAAAUAAAAUUUCUUUAUGAUAUCAUA